AUGAACGCUAUACAGGACUGGACAGGUCCUGACGACCCCGAAAACCCUCGCAAUUUCCCUCUUUCGGUCCAAAUAUUCAGCAUAGUUGCUACGACUGCUCUAGCCUUCGUUAGUUCCUUUUCAGGAGCAAUCUAUGCCCCAGCCCAGGACGAUGUCAUGGUCUCGUUAUCCUGCAACUAUGAGGCUUCCCUACUUCCGCUCGCCUUGUUCAAUCUCGGACUCGCAAUCGGUCCACUUAUCGGAGCACCUCUGUCUGAACACUAUGGAAGAAAGGCUGUCUUCGUCCUCACUACGCCGGUUUUCAUUUUGUUUCUGCUCGGUUCGAGCUUCGCCAAAAACAUAACCACGUUGUGUAUUUGUCGACUUAUUGCGGGCGUCUUUGCGGCUCCGAACGUCAACAAUGCAUCCGCUCUUAUUCUGGAUUACUCCGAAGUUCGUUAUCGAGGCCUCAAUAUAGGCAUCUACUACAGCGUCCCGUCGAUGGGUGCAUCCCUGGGGCCGCUUGUUGGUGGCUUUGUCAUUCAAGCCACAGGGAAUUGGCGCUGGACGCAGUGGACCGCAAUAAUAAUCGCGAUUGUCCUCUGGAUCCCUUUAUUAUUUACAAAAGAAACCUACAAAAAGGUCAUCUUGAGACGUCGCGCCAUCCGCCUGGGCCUGUCGGAUCAAUCUUCACACCAAACAUCCAAGUCCAAGGCUCUACGCUAUUUCUUCACGGUUCUGGUUCGGCGACCUUUACAUAUGCUAUUCACCGAGCCAAUUGUCACUUUUGUGAGCCUGUAUAAUGGUUUGAUAUACGGGCUGCUGUACACUUUUGUGACUUGCAUUCCCUGGAUCUUUCGCACCUAUUACGGUUUCGAUAAAACCGGAGAAUCACUCUCUUUUCUCGGUGCCAGUCUUGGCACAUUGACUGCAUGCGGUCCGUUUGUUUUGAUGGAUUAUCUUUUCUAUCAGAACAAGUUGCGCAAAUGGAACAACACCCACGAUCAAUACGUGCAGCCUCCGCCGGAGACCCGACUUGUGCCAGCACUCCCUGGAAGUGUUGUACUACCUAUCAGCCUUUUUAUCGCAGGCUGGACAGCACACUACCGCAUGCAUUGGGCAGUCCCAAUUAUCUUCCAGGGUAUGGCAAUGAUGAGCUGUUUGCUAGUGUAUGCGGGAGUGAGUAUCUUCGUGCUCGAUGCUUAUGGCCCGCUUUAUGGAGCCUCAGCCUCGGGUGCAAUGAUGCUAGCUAGAUAUGCUAUGAGCUUUGCUUUCCCGAUGUUUGCGCUACGGAUGUUUGAGAGUUUAGGUGUUGGUUGGGCAACAAGUGUUCUGGCCUUUUUGACAUUGAUGAUGGCGCCGAUACCUUGGUGUUUCUGGACUUUUGGUGAACGGCUGAGGAGAAAGAGCAAAUAUGAAACGAGUCUGUGA